AUGCCUCGUGCUGAAGUUGGAACGCCAAAGUACUUGGCGAACAAGAUGAAGUCCAAGGGGCUGCAGCGCUUGCGGUGGUACUGCCAAGUCUGCGAGAAACAAUGCCGGGAUGAAAACGGCUUCAAGUGUCAUGCGCAGUCCGAGUCGCAUCUACGACAGAUGCUCGUCGUAGGCGAGAACGCUGGCCGGCACAUCUCGGAUUUUUCGCAACAGUUCCAAUAUGAUUUCGUUCAGCUGCUCUCGAGAAGAUUUGGCACGAAGCGGGUGAAGGCAAACACGGUUUACCAAGAAUUCAUCCAGGAUAAGAACCAUUUGCACAUGAACGCCACCCGCUGGGUGACCCUGACCGAGUUCAUCAAGCACCUUGGUCGCUCCGGUAUUGCGCGCGUCGACGAGACAGAGAAAGGCUGGUUCAUCGCCUGGAUCGACAACUCACCGAAGGCACUCGCGAAGCAGGAGGCGUCGAUGAAGAAGGACCGCAUGACGAUGUCGGAUGAGCAACGCGAGCGGCUACUCAUCCAGGAACAGAUCGAGCGUGCACGGGAGGAGGCUGCUGAGGCGGGCCCUAGCCGCGCCAAAUCCGUGGAGAUACCAGAAGAGGAGAAAGUGCUGAAGCGGGAGGAAGGGAAGGAGAAGGUUACGCUGUCUUUGUCCUUGAAAGCGCCCGCUCUGGCCCAGGCUCCCGCUGCUCCAGUCACUGCUCCAGCGCCCGUCAAGUUUAACGCAUUCAAAGCCGCUGCGAAACCUGCUGCGGUCAACCCUUUAAAGCGACCCAAUCCGUUGAAGGCUGCUGGGAAAGCAUCGAAUGCAGAGCAAGAUGCAAAGCGGCGGAAGAUGGAGAGUCCAGCUCUGACCGCGUAG